GGGGUCUGAUGAAUAUCAGUUCUAAUUGUUACUCAUUUCUCCAGCGGGAUCCGGCGACAAGCUUUCGAAUUUUUCUGGAAUUUUGUUUUUUUGUUUGUUUCCAUUUGUUAUAAUUGUUAAUAUUUUACAGUUUUCUAUUUAAUUUAAUUAUUAUUGUGUAAUUAAUUUACUGAAACGCUUGCGUUUACGGCAUUAUUGCUUACCACAGUUAACCAUCAAGGAUAAUGGAACCUAUUAGACCAGCCCGUGGUAGAGCACGUCCACGUCCUCAAACAAUGCCUGGCCAAGGUGGACCAUCUGGACCACCUCCAAGAGGCCCUCGUCCUAGUGCUCCUCUUGCUGGUGUGACACGACCAGCUCUUAGACCCCAAUUACCUCCUAUUACUAAUGUUCCCAGACCACAACAAAGACCAUUACCUGGUGUUGAUCAAGUAACUGAAGGUGUUCGUAACUUAGCUACAGGUGAUGUUCCAGUACCAAUUGGUCGUGGAGCUAUACGUGGCCGGCGUCAAGUUGAGACGGAACAUUUUAGAGCUCCACGUCCUGAAUCAUCACUCGGAGAAAAAGGAAAAAAAGGUAGUAGUGGUACUGAAGUAAAAUUGCUGGCCAAUUAUUUUCCUAUUACAUCUUAUACAACCUGGUGUUUAUAUCAAUAUCGAGUUGAUUUUGAUCCUCAAGAAGACCGUUUAUCUACAAAAAAAGGAUUGCUUGCCCAACAUAAAGAUCGUUUUGGUGGUUAUCUUUUUGAUGGAUCAAUGUUGUUUACUAGUGUUAAAUUAGAUCCAGAUACUUUCGAUCUUACUUCUACACGUAGAUAUGAUGAUCAGAUGUUUAUUUUAAAAAUUAAAUUCACCAACAGCAUUGAACCAGGAGAUUAUGCAUACAUUCAAGUAUUCAAUUUGUUGCUGAGGAAUUGUAUUAGACACCUUGAUUUGAAAUUAAUAGGACGUAAUUUUUAUGAUCCAAAAGCUAUAAUUGAUCUAGCACAAUAUAAAAUUCAACUAUGGCCUGGGUAUGAAACUUCGAUUGCUAAAUAUGAAAAUGAUAUAUUAUUGUGUGCCGAGAUAUCUACUAAAGUAAUGCGACAAGAAACAGUUUUAGAUUUCUUUAAACAGUGCGCUGAAGAUCGAAAUAGAAAUCCUGAUUGGAUGAUUACUUUUAAAAAUGGAGUAAUAGGAACAACUGUAAUGACAAAAUAUAAUAAUGAAACUUAUCGUAUUGAUGAUAUUGAUGAAAAUUCAGACCCUUCAUCAACAUUUAGCAAAAAGGAUGGUUCAAAAAUGUCUUAUAACCAAUACUACCAAGAGAAAUGGAAUAUUACUAUUCGAGGUGGAAGACAACCUAUGCUUAUAUCUAAAAACAAGAAGUCUGUUCGGCAAUUUGGAGGCGAAGAAGCUAUUGUAUAUUUGGUUCCUGAGUUAUGUAUCAUGACAGGAAUUACUGAUAAAAUGAGAAAUAAUUUAACUUUAAUGAGAGAUAUGGCUGUGCAUACACGUGUAGAUCCUAAUGAACGGGUUAAACGUUUAACUAACUUUGCUCACCGGCUUCUUUCUACACCUAAAUCUGUAGAAGAAUUAAAGAAGUGGAAUUUAACUUUGGGAAAAAAUCUAGUUGAACUUUCUGGUCGUGUUUUACCUCCAGAAAAAAUCAAAAGUAAUACUAGAGAUUAUGAUGGAGCUUUGGAAGCUGAUUGGACUAAACAAUUACGUUUUUUACCUAUGUAUACUUGUGCUUUGAUGAAAUGUUGGGUAAUUGUCGCACCUCAAGAUUGCAUAAGAGAUGUUCAACCUUUUGCUGUCAAUCUUGCUAAAGCUGCCCAAGGAAUGUCCUUUACUUUGCCUAGGCCAAUUUUAAUUCCCAUGAGAGAUGCCCGGUCUCAAUCAUUUUUGAGUAGUUUAGAACAAGUUAUAAAUGAACACAAUCCUACUAUGAUACUUUGUGUUAUCCCAUCGGCAAGAGGAGAUAUUUAUAGUUUAAUUAAACGUAAAUUGUGUGUUGAUAGAGCAGUUCCAUCUCAAGUAGUUCUUUUAAAGAAUGUUCAAAAAAACAAUAUGUCUGUUGUUACCAAAAUCGCAAUUCAAGUUAACUGUAAAAUUGGUGGUGCUCCUUGGCUUGUAGCAAUUCCUAAAAAGGGUAUGAUGAUAGUUGGUUUUGAUGUUUGUCAUGAUUCCCAAAAAAAAAAUAUUUCUUAUGGUGCGCUUGUGGCUACUAUGAAUGAUUCUCAUACUUCUUACUUUAGUUGUGUUGAACCCCAUAAUAGUGGCGAAGAGUUAUCCAAUCAUUUUGCAGCUGGCAUAAGUAAGGCAUUGGCAAAAUAUAAGUUGAAAAAUAAUGGACAGUUGCCUACUAGUAUUGUUAUUUAUAGAGAUGGUGUUGGAGAAGGUCAAAUUUCAUAUGUUCAUAAGACUGAAAUAAAAUUAUUACGAGCUGCUACUGAGCAGUUCUAUGGUCCUGUGUCAGUUCCUUUGGCAUUUAUUUUAGUAACUAAGCGGAUAAGUGCAAGAUUCUUUACAAAGCAAGGUAUUCAAAAUCCUCAAGCUGGUACAAUUGUCGACAGUGUGGUGACUGAUCCUACUAAAUAUGAUUUCUUCCUUGUAUCACAACAUGUACGUCUAGGAACCGUCACCCCUACACAUUACACUGUAAUUGAAGAUACAUUAAGGCUUCCACCGGAUAUAGUUCAAAGAUUAACUUAUAAAUUAUGUCACAUGUAUUACAAUUGGAGUGGAACUGUUCGAGUACCGGCACCAUGUCAAUUAGCUCAUAAAUUGGCAUUCUUAACAGGCCAAACUCUUAGAAGUGCUCCUAAUACUGGUUUGGAUGAACUCUUAUACUUUUUAUAAAAAUAUAUAUUUUUUUUUUUUUUUACCGAGAAACAAUUUGUUCUCAAUUGUUGUUUUUAUUGUAUUCAAUAAAUUUUUUGACUUAGUUAAUAAAAUUAAGUUUGAUAAUAUAAAAUUUGUUAUCAUAUUUUAUGAAAACUUCUAGAUUUUAACUGUUUUUACUGUAGUUUGACUAGUAUCAUUUUUUAAUCUACUAAAUUUGUGUAUUAAAUUAAUUUGACUAUAAUUAUUAAUUUUAUUUUUAAAACAAAAUCUACUUAAAAAUAUCACCCUAAAUAUGAUAUACUGUAAGUAACCUUUUUUUUUUUUAAUAUUAUAAUUCAUGAUAUUCUUGAAUAUAAUUGAUAGAAGAUAAAUUGUUUUUAGCUAACAAAAAUUAAAUAAGUUUACAAAACAUCUUCGUGAAAAAGACAUACAAAAUUUCAUAUGUUAAAGUAUCAAUUAAAAUUAAUUUUGUUAAUAAAACUUUGAGUUUUGAAUAAACAUUAAAUAAUUUAUCAUUUUAAAGAACUUGUGUUAAAUUGAUUGUAUUGGUUAUACUAAUUUGUUAUUAGUAAAUAAUUUAAUAGAAAUGUUCGAUUUAGAUAAGUUUAAUUAAUAUUUAAUCUUUUAUUAGUAGUCAUUUAAUUGCCAACAUUUUUAUUGUUUUUUCACUAAUAUAAAUUUAAAUUAACUUUAAUUGCUUUAAAUAAAAGUCUUAUGUAAUA